UCCGAUGUGAAGUUACGAGGGAGAUCUAAGCGGAAUAAUGACCCCUCGCCAUCAAUGGACAAUGAGAUUGAGCGUGUAUUUGUGUGGGAUUUAGACGAGACAAUAAUUAUCUUUCACUCGUUACUCACCGGAACAUUCGCCACCCGCUACGGGAAGGACACAACCACAGCAGUACGGAUUGGUCUUAUGAUGGAAGAAAUGAUCUUCAACCUUGCUGACACUCACCUCUUCUUCAAUGACCUAGAGGAGUGUGACCAGAUCCACAUAGACGACGUCUCCUCGGACGACAACGGGCAAGACUUGAGCACAUACAACUUUUCUGGUGAUGGAUUCCACAGCUCGGCGGCCGGGGCCAAUCUCUGCCUGGGGUCCGGCGUCCAUGGGGGAGUGGACUGGAUGAGGAAGUUGGCGUUUCGCUACAGAAGAGUGAAAGAACUGUACGGCACCUACAAAAACAAUGUAGGAGGUCUAAUAGGUGCCCCCAAGAGGGAGACGUGGCUCCAGCUGCGGGCAGAGAUGGAGGCCCUGACAGACCUAUGGCUGACGCAUGCAUUGAAAGCCCUGAAUCUCAUCCAUUCCAGACCAAACUGUGUGAACGUGUUGGUCACAACGACCCAGCUUGUGCCGGCCAUCGCCAAAGUCCUGCUGUACGGCUUGGGGACCGUCUUCCCCAUAGAAAAUAUUUAUAGCGCCACCAAGACAGGGAAGGAGUGCUGCUUCGAGAGAAUAAUGCAAAGGUUUGGAAGAAAAGCAGUUUACGUUGUAAUCGGAGAUGGCGUAGAAGAGGAACAGGCAGCAAAAAAGCACAACAUGCCGUUCUGGCGGAUCUCUUGCCAUGCUGACUUGGAGGCCUUAAGGCACGCCCUCGAGCUGGAGUACUUGUAG